GUGGUGGAGAUGCUCGGGCCGGUGGAGAAGGAACAGCCGCACCUUCCUGCUGACAGAUGAACCUUCGACCGGCGGCGGCCCGUGCCUGAGGGAAGCGGACACACGCGCGCACCCCACCCGUCCCGCCACCGCGCUUUCCCGGACUCCCCCAACCGAUAGAUCGACUGAUUAAAGCGGCUCCUCCUCAUGGCGAAAAACACCCUGUCCUCACGGUUCCGGGGAGUCGAUAUCGACGAGUACGACGAGAAUAAAUUCGUGGACGACCAAGACGAGGCGGCCGAGCAGCAGGGACCGGACGCGUGUGAGGUGGACGAUCUCAUCAGGCAAGGGGACAUGAUGACAGCAUUUCACAUCGCCUUGAGGAAUCCACCAAUCAACUCCAAGAAUCCAGCAGUGAAAGAGCGGGCACAGGCGGUGGUGUUACGAGUGCUGACUGCAUUUAAAAGCAGCGAUAUUGAGCCAGCGGUAAAGUCUCUGGACAAGAACGGAGUGGAUCUGCUGAUGAAGUACAUCUACAGAGGCUUCGAGAAGCCCACAGACAACAGCAGUGCCAUCCUGCUGCAGUGGCAUGAAAAGGCUUUCGCUGUGGGGGGCCUGGGGUCCAUUGUACGAGUGUUAACUGCAAGAAAAUCUGUCUGAGAAGCUGGACGAAUGGGAGUGUUAACCAGCCACGGGAUUUCUUAGACAUGGACAACUUCUCCUCUCUCACAAUUUAACCUUAUCUGGGGGAAAACCACUCAUGCCCAACCGCCUAUUUCACGAAAAAAUACUGUAUGAUAUUUAAUGUAAAUUAUUGAUUCUUCAAUAUGUUAUUAUGGAAGACACUACUCGACUUAUGAAGGUGAACGAUUGUGCGACAGUCUGUGAACUGCAACAGAAGGACGGUGAUGAGACUUGGCUUUAUAAGCCUUGAGCUGCAGUUUCAGGACAUUAAAUACUGUGAUUAAUAUGAAAGUUGUAUUUGCUUGUUCUUAGUUGGCACUCUCGGAUGUGUAGUUCUCAUUUUUUUCAGUUCCAACUCUCAUUUUUUUUCUUAUUGUACAGAAAGAGGAUAAUGUUUAAUAUAUAUAGUAUUUAGGUCAGGGGUCACCAACCCUGUUCAUGGAGAGCUACCUUCCUGCACAUUUCAGUUGCAGCCCUGACCAAACACACCUGUUUGUAAUUAUCAAGUUCUGCUUUAGGUUCUAUUAAUUGGUUCAGGUGUGUUUGAUCAGGGUUGGGACUGAACUCUGCAGGAAGAUAGCUCUCCAGGAACAGGGUUGGUGACCCCUGAUUUAGGUGGUGAAAUUUUGGUUCAACUCGUAGUGUGGGGUUGAGUCGGGUUAUUGUGAAGUGCCUGGUGCAAUAAAGGACAUUUAAGAGUGUA